GGAUAACACACGUGUUAUGUAUGGUAGAGAUGUCAUCUUAUAUUGUUUUGAAAUCUUAAACAUUCUUUGUAACAAACAAAAAAAAAACAAGAAAUGAAAAGAAAAUAAGAUAACACAGAGAAUAAUACGUAUGAGAAUGAGACAAUAAUUGGUUAAGCACCUCUAAGUUCCCAACCACUGCAAAUACAACACAAUAAAUAAACGGGUUAAUAUAAAAAAAAACCCCCCUUAAGGUAUGCCUGAUUGUCAAAAAAACCCCUCUCCUUUUGAAAUAUUAUCAAAUUAGGAGGGAAAUAUUACCGAUGAAGUUAUGAAAUAGGACAGCGCGAAGAAAAUUCUGGAAAAGGGAAAAUGCCAUUGGGGAAAUAUUACUGUGAUUACUGCGACAAGGAAUUCCAAGACACCGCCACCGCCCGGAAGCGCCACCUCCAGGGCGUUCACCACCAGAGGGCUAAAGCUCUCUGGUACGACUCCUUACGCUAUAGUUCAAAUGAGGGCCCCGAUCCAGUUAGCCUCGGCAAGCAAGGAAUCUGCAAUCGUUUCGUCCGAACGGGCUCUUGUCAAUAUGGGGAUUCUUGUAGGUUUUAUCAUCCCAAGCAAACUGUUCAACAACCUCCGCCUCAAACCCAGCUAGGUAACGUGUUUGGUCAGACUAUGGGAAGUUUUGGCAAUCUACCUCCAUCACUAAUGCCUCCACCAGAGACUGGAUAUCCUUCUCUACCUUUUAUUGACUGGGGAUAGGUCAGUACGCGAUUUUUGUGUUCUGUAUUUCGCAGCAUCAUAGACUUACUUUUUGCUUCUGGUAGAUAUGAUUCUGUGUUUGUUUGGGGCGAUGGACGGCGUUGCAGGUUUUUGGCAUAACAUGGUUGCCUUGAGUUGUAACUCCAAUUAGCUUUUGUGUUUAUCAAAUGUAUUUAGUCUCCUUUACCCUCUGACAUGUUUUCUCGUGGUUAUUUUGCACUGUCUUCUUGAGCCUUCAGAAUCAUUGUUCUGCCACUUAGUUGAACUACCACAAAGCACAAAAUUGUCGCAGUUUUAUUCUGGUUACUUCUGAACGACCUUUCACGCAUUGCAGUUACACGGCGUCAUUAUUCCUCUCAGUAAAUCAAUCUGAAUGAAUAGGUUCAGAAUAGGAAGUAGCUCAAGUGCCAAUGCUAUGAUUGAGUUCAAUAUUGAAAGCUAUUAAACGUUAUUUAUUAUGACUUGAUGUGUUUGUCUAUGUCCAGUCUAAUCAUCUGUGUCACGUAAUUUAGCCAUGAAAAUGUUGUUCAAAGCAGUGGACUUUGCCGGUGGAAGGUUGACUUUGAUGUUAUAGAACGCAAUGGCUUGCAAGCUUGUUUUUUAACUUGGUUAUGCUUAAAAUUUGCACUGGAUUGCAAGUCAUGUUAUUACUGUGUUUUACUGUAAAAGAGGACUGCACAAGCCUAGAGCCACCAUUUUGAUAAAUAUUUUACUGAUAGUUCACAUGAGAGAUUAUGUGCCCUUUUAAUCACAUUAUGUUUGGUAUGGGAACACUCCAAAUAUUUGUCUUUUAUUUUUCUGUUUUCCCUUGUUAUGGAGGGUUUCACUGGGAAGGAUUGGGGUACGGUUUUCUUGUUUUGGUGGAGUGGUGUCUGUGACUAGUACUUUCACCUUUUCUAGCAUCUCCUGAACAUUUUAGAUAAUGGAACAACUUCUUACACCAUUGAUUCUUGCCGAUUGUUAAAUAAGCGCCGUGGAUAGUGUUCAAUCACAUUAUAUUCCAUGGAAGAAAAUAGCUUGAGCAAUUCUUCUUCAACUUGAUUGGUUAAACAUAGUUACUCCUGUUGCUUUGGCAGGUAAUGUGAUUGGGCAGACCAUGGGAAGUUCUGGCAAUCUCUACCUCCAUUGCUAAUGCCUCCGCUGGAGAUUGGAUAUCCUCCUCUACCUUUUAUUAGUCGGGGAUAGGUCAAUACCUAAUUGUAUAUUCCUAGAAUGACUUUGGCUUCUUUUUUUAUAUGAUUUCGUUUUUUUGGAUACAGGGAGGAGGUUGCGAAUUGUAGCAAUUAUAAUUCACUUUACGGUUGAGUUUAUCAAAUGUAUUUUGUCUUAGCUGUCGUCUUACAUGUCUUCUUAUUAUUUUUGUUUUAUAAUGCUGUCUCCAACGGAUUCACAUUCACUGUUACGCCACUUACUUGAACAUGGCUGUGACCUUUGCAUACAGCAGUUUGGAGAGGGUUUUUGCUGUGUUUCAGCAUCAUAAAAAACAGAGUUACGAAGUUGGAAUGCAAAAGUAAAGAAAUACCGAGUAAAUCAG